AUGGCGAAGCUUGCCGCGCAGCUCAAGAACAAGUUCUUUGGCCUCGUCGGCCGCAUCACCAGCUGCGGCCGCGCUGGUGGCGCCGCCCACAAGGAUGCCGCUGGUGUGACAGAGGCCAAGUCAGUGACAUCUCAGCCUGUUGAGAUCAGGUCAAGGGGAGGUGCUCCGCCCGUGGAUGGAGGGGCCACUGGUCACAUCCACAGCGAUCCCAUCUAG